CUUUUUUUCUCCAACCGCGACGCUGCGAACCCCAGGUAAACCCACGUGAUUAAGGGAAAGGCCAAGUAUUAGGAAGGAACGUAUUGCUGAACUACUAAAAGUGAAGCAUUCAAUUCUGCUGUGAUUCUUAUUGUCGGUUAUAUUUACAACGCAUGUCCGAGGGGUGCGUCAUGCGGAACCGACCCCAGCACACCCAGAUUGGCCCAUUGGUUCGUUUGGUUCCUUCCCUCGAACCUAUACACACUAGAAGCUACCACCACUACGGCCGGGAAAGCUUGACGUGAAAGCUCUAGAACAGAGUUGCGCAACAGAUUAUCAUGGCUUUCUCAUCACCACAUACAGGGCUUGAGUCGUACAUUGAUAUACCAUUCAAUGGAUGGCUCAGUAUCAUUCUCGUCCUCACCUAUGGGUGUGCUAUCCGCAGCCGGGGCCUGCUUUUGCUCGUAGUCCUCGGGGUCAGCGCGGUCAUUGUCGUAUUCGACAAAACGUCUACUGUUGGCGAAAUGAUCAAAAUCAUGUGUGAACUACCCCUCGGUCUCGGUUCUGUCCUGGCCUUCCUCGUUGCGAGUCGGUCCUUUCAGAGCAGAUACCUACCUGCCUUUACGACCUAUGUCAAUUUUGCAGUGUAUGGAAAUAUCGGCAUGAUGGUGGGGACUCCCGCAGGCGGCACUCUUCGGGGAAUGUGUAGCAAGGUGACUUGCAUUGUUCUCUUCAUUUGGAUCGUCCAACAAGGUUACCGCGCUAGGUGGAAGACAAUUGUUCUCCACGACAACUUGUUCGUUUUCACUGCCGCCAGCAAAUCAUGGAUAUUUGCACACGCCGUCUAUAGAUUCGUUCUUUUGACAUUGCCGUGCUUUGGGUCUGGACGCCGACACCGCCUUCUAGAGUUAUACUCUCUCAGUUUGACUUUUGCUCUAUCGUGGGCUUCAAAACUUCCAUUCGAAUAUUGCUUUGGAAUGGCCGAUACAUUGGUGGUCCCAGCGACUGCAGGAUGGUCGGCGAUUGCAACAACAUUCAAUCUCAUACCGCGCGAUGCGAAGAAGAAUGACUUGCCCUCAAACCAUAUUGGGGCCGACGCAGAUAUAUAUCUGAGCGCCGUGUCACUGGCUGUUGCCACCUUCGCUUGUUUUAAGAUAGCUAGUGCGCCACAUCGGGAGCCUCGAAGGUCAUAGGGAGCUUCCUUCCGUUGCCAACCUAAUUUGCGAUUAUUAGCCUCAGAGAUAUUGGCCACCAUGGUUUGUUGAUAGUCUAGACCACGAUAUCCUCAAUAUUAGAUUGCAGAGCUUGGGAGUGGACCUCUGGGAAGCAUUGUUUUGACCAUCCAGUCAUGAUCAUCCUAGGUUGUGAUGCCAUUAUAUCUAGAUCACUUGUAUGUAUAGUUACUCUUUCUCUUGACAACUGGAACUAUUUCCUGGCCACGAUAAUACAGCCUCUGAUCACCCCUGAUCUGCCCCACCAAGCGAACAUUUUCGCCGCAUAACGAAAGCGUCCAAUUGACAUCCCAUAUUGCUGCAGUUCAACCUCC